GUACCAUCUGCCGGUUGAAUGAUGUUGUUUGUCUCAGUCCUCGUGUUUUGUAUGAGUGCAGUGUUUACUGCACCAACUUUAGACCAGCAGUUAAAUGACCACUGGCACCUUUGGAAGAGCUGGCAUGAAAAAAGUUAUCAUGAGAAAGAAGAGGGCUGGAGGAGAAUGGUAUGGGAGAAGAACUUCAGAAAAAUUGAGCUACAUAACCUUGAACAUUCUAUGGGCAAACACAGCUAUCGACUUGGCAUGAACCAGUUUGGGGACAUGACAAAUGAGGAGUUCAGGCAGGUGGUGAAUGGUUACAAUCAGAACCCCAGCCGGAAAUCACAAGGCUCUUUGUUCAUGGAGCCCAGCUAUUUUGAGGCCCCCAAACAGGUUGACUGGAGAGAGAAGGGCUAUGUCACUCCUGUCAAAGACCAGCGGAGGUGUGGAUCUUGCUGGGCUUUUAGCUCUACGGGGGCCUUGGAGGGCCAGCUGUUUCGUAAAACUGGUAAGCUGGUUUCUCUGAGCGAGCAGAAUUUGAUGGACUGCUCCAGGCCGGAGGGCAAUCAAGGCUGCAAUGGAGGACUCAUGGACCAGGCCUUCCAAUAUGUUAAGGACAAUAAUGGGAUUGAUUCUGAGGAGUCGUAUCCAUACCUUGCAACAGAUGAUCAGUGCCACUAUGACCCUAGUUACAGCGCUGCUAAUGACACUGGUUUUGUGGACAUUCCCAGUGGUAAAGAGCAUGCUCUGAUGAAAGCUGUUGCUUCUGUUGGUCCAGUUGCCGUUGCUAUUGAUGCUGCUCAUGAAUCAUUUCAAUUCUACCAGUCUGGCAUCUAUUAUGAGAAGGAGUGCAGCAGUGAAGACCUUGACCAUGGAGUGUUGGUAGUUGGUUAUGGAUAUGAAGGUGCUGAUGUGCCUGGGAAGAGAUAUUGGAUUGUGAAGAACAGCUGGACUGAGAAGUGGGGAAACAAAGGCUACAUCUACAUGGCUAAAGAUAGAAGGAAUCAUUGUGGUAUUGCGACAUCUGCCAGCUAUCCACUCAUGUAAUGCUACUGAACUGUUCUCAGCAUUCUGGAUGCACUACAUGACUUUUUUUAUCCUAUCCUACUUGAAUUGUUUUAAUUGUUUAACCUUGCUUUUUUAUACCCGUUUUAAUUCAA